AUGCAGUUGUUCCAGGGUGGCCGGCUUGGCGACCCGGCCUCAGUGUCCGAUUACCGAGUUGCGGUGUUUGGUGCAGGAGGUGUCGGUAAAUCGUCUAUCGUUCAACGAUUUGUCAAAGGAACAUUUUCCGAAAAUUAUGUGCCAACUAUUGAGGAUACCUAUAGACAGAUGGCAUCAGUGUUCUUUCCUGAGAACCAAGUAUGGGAUAGAGUCGCUGUGGGAACAAAAGUUUGA